AUGUACGAACAGUUGCCGGAGGUCGCUUUCGUGGCGUUUCUAGCCACAUCGCGGGCGGCGUCUGACCUCAAGCCCCGCCCACCCAGAGCCAACUUCCGCUUCUCGUCGCUUUUCCACGAUGGGCGUGAUGCGCGGGAUUCGUCUCCCGCCCAUGAGUCGCCUCUGCGCCGCCCGCACGAUACCAUUCCCUUUUUAGACCUAUCGCCACUACGCCCACCUCCCGCCCACUUAGAAGCGCCUCCUCACAGCCCACACGAUGGGAUGCCCCACCUGGACCUACGCCCACCUCCCCUCCUGACCCGCCCGGAGCCGUCACCACAUAGUCCACAUGCCGAUGUAGCCCACCGACAUCCGGCACUCCAUCCUGACCCACCUCCUCAUGGCCUACACGGAGAUCUGACCCACCCUGACCCACCUCCUCAUGGCCUACACGGAGAUCUGACCCACCAUGACCCACCUCCUCAUGGCCUACAUGGAGAUCUGACCCACCCUGACCCACCUCCCCGCCCACCCUCCGCCCGCACGACUCGCCAUUACUCUGAUUCGGAAUAUGAACGUGUAAACAAAAAGCCUUACGAAUUCGAGUACGGAGUAAAAGACGCUUACCAUGGUACCUCUUACUCCAGGCAGGAGGAGAGCGACGGACACGAUACCAAAGGGCAAUACCAGGUGAAGCUCCCCGACGGCCGCAUCCAGACGGUCAUCUACCGCGCAGGAGUCGACGGCUUCCACGCAGAAGUCGUGUACGAAGGAGAGCCUCACUACCCGAAGGAGAAGCCUCUGAGGGGGUCCUCCUCGCCGUCAGCCCAUUCCCUGUCGCCCGUCCACCCGGCGACCGCAAAACCUCCUCAUACUGUGUCGAAGCCGGUUUACACGACGCCGAAGCCGGCUUACACGACGCCGAAGCCGGUUUACACGACGCCGAACACGGUCUUUUCCAAUACCGGAAAGCCGGUUCAUACUUUGCCGAAAAUAAGCUACACCACAUUCAAGCCGGCUUCCUUCACCCCAGUCCACAGCACGCCACACCACACUAAGCCGAAGUCAGUGCAUGUGCCAAAGCCAGUUCUCAGCACGCCAAAGCCAGUCCAUGUCACACCAAAACCAAUUCAUUCGACGUCAAAGCCAGUUCGUACAACUUUGAAGUCCGCUCAUGUUACACCAAAGCCAGCCCAUGGUACAUUAAAGCCAUUUAUUACAACACCAAAGCCAGUUCACAGUACUUUCAAGCCAGCUCUCACAACGCCAAAGCCAAUCCACAGUACAUUCGAGUCAUUUUUCACAACACCAAAGCCAGUUCACAGUACUUUCAAACCCAUUCACACUACAACAAAGCCAAUCCACAGUACAUUAAAAGCAGUACUCACAUCUCCAAAGCCAAUUCACAGUACUUUCAAGCCAGCUGUCACAACACCAGAGCCAGUUCACACUACACCACAUGUCACAGCAAAGCCAAUCCGCACUACACUCUAUACCUUAGCAAGACCAAUCAAAACCACUUCGAAGCCAUUCUUGGGUCAAAUAACAUCUAAGCCACACCACACUACGCCAGACUCCCAAUUCACUACACCAAAGCCACUCCACUCCUUUACUCUUGGACCAGACAUCCACUCCACUCCACUGUCAUUGUUCACCAAAUCCCCUGAACAGUUUUACAGUACCUCUCCCGACUCAGGCCACCCUCAGGAACCCGUGCCUGUUUACAUCGUUACAGGAAAGCCACUCUCUACCACGCUAAAACCCGCCUACCACGUCAGUCCAGAAUCGAUAUACCACACUGCCCACCAAGAACUCUUCCGAAUUACACCAAAGCCUUCACAAGCCACAACCCAAAAGCCAGGAUUCCAAAAUACACCAAAAUCGGUUCAUAACGCCUCGCCAAAACCGACACACCACACUUCUCCUAGGCCACUUCAUGUAAGCAAACCAAACAUUGUAAAGGAACCUACUUUCCCAACAACACCUGCAGCAGUAAGCCUUGGUAAGGUACCACUUUCUCAAAACAAAGAACCAGUUCACCCUACCAGAGGACUUGUUUCCCAUGAGAAGGACCUGGUACACCAUAAUGUAGAACCUGUCCACCAUAAUCUGCAACCAGUUACGCAUCUGAAGGAACCAGCCCAUCACAACAAGGAUCCGAUAUUUCAUGAAAAGCAUCCUUCCAUCCCUCAGACGACGAGCCCUCAUCCCCUGACAGACAAGCCUUUUAGCCCGAGCCUUCCACCGACCUUGUCACCGCCUCCACUCCCGAACCUCCACACGUCGCCUGUAGCCCAUCAGAACACCAAGGCAGAACUCGCACCAAAUAUAGCCAUCCAGGCAGAGCCCCAUCUUACACUUACGUCUACAACGACUAUACGACCCCCACAAGUACCUUUAAGUGUCACGUUCCCAACACUGUUACCGGAUAUCGGGCCUUUGCCGAAUCCAAAGCCGAUUCUUGUUCCCCACGCCGAAGCCUCGCCGGAGCAGCCUCUGCACCCUCGCCCAACUAAACCACACAAUGGACAUGCUCCAGGUUUCCACCUUCACUCCUCAUCAAAACCUCCCGUGAGCUCUAUCCCAACAAGACCAACAAUUAUCCCCGGUGGCGUUUCAUUCUCCCAGUCCUUGCCUCAUCCAGCAAGACCACACAAUGGACAUGGCCUCAUUCCGGUUUCCCAGUCCCUGCCCAGCCGUCCACAAAGACCACACAAUGGUGAUCGCCUCAUCCCGCUUUCCCCUCCAUUGUCAAAUCAGGCUGUUAAGACGCGCCCAACCGUAUCACACAAAGUACAAGAACACAGUCUACCGCAUUCCCUGUCCGAUCUUCCUUCAGAAACCCUUCCACCCCGUCCCCACGAGGAAAAAGACCGCCUUCCCUUCUUCCAUUCUCUGCCAGACCGUCCUCUAAGGCCACACGACGAACACCCCCGCGUCCCACUCGCCCAGUCCUUGCCGGAUUUGCCAAAGCGCGAUCCCACUCACAUUAGGGACACCCAGUUCCCAUUUAGACUGCCCCUAGAACCUCAAUCGCCGAUACCUCAAGGCGAACACACUCAAAUAACCUCCUCCCCUAAGCCAACACUGACGCCGCCUCCAUCCAUACUCCCGACCGACGAAAUCCACUCUCUCCUCGAGGGACCUUUAAGCACUCUUGUCACCCACGACCCCUUCAGCAUACACGUUCAGUCCGGCACUGACUCACACCCCCUUGUGACAGAGCCAGCGGUGACGGACGACCUUCACCUCCGACUGAAGUUCAAGGAGCCCCUAUUUCGUUCGGACAAGCCCCUGCUCGCGACGUCUCGGAGAAGACUCGAAUCUCGGGAAGAGCUGGAGGACUCUCGUCGCUCUGAUGCCCAAUCACGCUGAAGUUCUAGAUGAAGUUAGGAUGGUCUUUUUUCUUAUUCGUGGAAAUCAGUAUUUUAUAGACGUCGAGUUUGCUUAGUCAGAGCAGAUGUGUCAGGACAUUGAGGACAGAAACAGGAGCAUCCCACAUUAUUUAUAUUUAUAGCUGAAAUAUUGAUAUGCAAUUGGAAAUAACUGCAUCAGGUGAUAUGUCGCACCAGGAAGAAAAUAAUAUUAUAUUAAGCAUUAAGAUAGUUGAAGAUAUCUGAAGUUAUCUCCUCUGUUAUAUACCCAAGGUCGAUAUACCUGACUGUAAGUUGAAGGACAAUGAUUGCAUAACGACAAUACUACGAGUGCAUAUUAAUACUUCUAUAACCUGCCAACAUCACCAUUUACGCAACGGACUUUUAAAUCACAGUUCUUCCUCUCUCUUGCCAAGCAUAUUAGGAGAGAUGUAAGACUGAACUGUAACUCAUAACAAUGCAAAAAUAUUAAAUAUAUGUUGGCAGGAUCAUUAUAGAUCAAAAUAGAGAUGACAACAAAUGAAUGGAUUUUCGAUACUACUUGUAAUGAAUUUAUAUUCUCACUAAGAGAGAUAGGUUGUGUUGCAUAUUUAAUAAGAAUGAAAUAAUAAUGAAUAUGGUGUUAUAACAUGUACAGUUAUAUAUUAUU